GCCUUCGGAAAAGGAAGUAGCGGUGCGCUAGGGCGCCCGCGGUGACCGCGGCGAUAGCGGUGACCGAAGGAGGAGAAGGCGGCCGCGGGUUGGCGGUUAGAGGCGGGGCCGGCUCCUCGGAGCGGCUUGGGACAGGAGUCAGAAUUGUUUGCAUUCAGCACGGCGGUUCCAACCAUGGGUUUGUCUGCAUCUACCCCUGCUGUUGCUGUUCAGACCUCAGAUGCUUCAGAUCAUCAGACAGCAUCCCCGCCUUCAGGAUGUCCCAUUCAUGAAGGGAAAAUGAAAGGCUGUCCCGUGAGCACAGAGCCAUCUAACCCAACUUGUGAGAACAAAAUGAACUCUGUGCCCGCCCACCAAGAUCGUGCGUAUGAGUACGUGGAAUGUCCUGUUACGGGCGCUGUGGCUGAGAAUAAGGAGAACCUAGAUCCUUCUAAUCUGAUGCCACCACCUAAUCAGAUGCCAGCCCCCGAUCAGCCGUUUGCACUGUCUACUGUGAGAGAGGAGUCAUCCAUUCCGAGAGCAGAUUCGGAGAAAAAGUGGGUUUAUCCUUCCGAGCAGAUGUUUUGGAAUGCAAUGUUACGGAAAGGGUGGAAGUGGAAGGAUGAUGAUAUUAGUCAGAGAGACAUGUAUAAUAUCAUCAGGAUUCACAAUCAGAACAACGAGCAAGCCUGGAAGGAGAUUUUGAAGUGGGAAGCCCUUCAUGCUGCGGAGUGUCCUUGUGGUCCAUCAUUGAUCCGGUUCGGAGGUAAAGCGAAAGAGUAUUCACCAAGGGCAAGAAUUCGUUCCUGGAUGGGGUACGAGUUGCCUUUCGACAGGCACGACUGGAUCAUCAACCGUUGUGGGACGGAAGUCAGGUACGUCAUCGACUACUACGACGGCGGGGAGGUCAACCAGGACUACCAGUUCACCAUCCUGGACGUCCGGCCCGCCUUGGAUUCGCUCUCGGCAGUGUGGGACAGAAUGAAGGUCGCGUGGUGGCGCUGGACUUCCUAACUGCUGCUUUGUUAGAGAUGGGAAAAUAGAAACUAUUUUUUUUCCAAGCAAUACAUUAAACUAUUUUCCCCAAACUGAAUUGCUCUCAUGAUGUAAUGGGAAUGGCAAGUGGGUGAGGACACCUUUCACGUCCCGUAGUAAGGGUGCCCUGUGCCGCGUUCUUUGGUUUUUACCUUGCGCAGUCUAUAGCAGGUAGUUGGAGGUUUCCUUCCCACUUGGCCUAUAUGGGAAGCGCUCCCUUGGUUUUUCCUUCAGCUGCAGUAUUGCCUAUGUAUUUAAUCUAGAAAAGGGAACAGCGUCUGAAAAAGAAUGUUUCUUGUCGUGUGAAGAGAGCUGCUUUUCUCCUUACUAUUUCUCAGGAAUACUUGAGACGUAGACCUGAAAGCCCGUGUUCUGCUGAGGAGCUUUUAGCUGGCCAGAUGCUUGAACUAAUACUAUUUAUUACAAAUAAGUGGUUCUGCUUUUGAAAAAGUUACCAGCGUCUCACUGUUCCUACAAGAGCAGCGCACCCUUAAGGAAACGCAGAGCUAUCCGCUGGCAACGCACUCAGCAAAAUGAAGGCGCAUCUUGGCUCCAGAUUCUCAGUUGUGAGAAUUUUUCAGGCUGGACCUUGUUCUAGAAUAGUUUCAACUCCCCCACGGUUUGAUGAUGCACGUGCAUUGGAACUAUGUUUUCACUUUUUAAAAGAUUCUUAUUUUAAUUCCCACUAUCCUGCCACGUACCUCUGCUCCCAGCAAGCACGUCUCAUUGCCUGUGGCAUUUUGACAGUUUAUGCCACCCCUGAGUCCCGCUUCUCCUCCUGCCUGAAGCCCUUCCUCCAGCC